AUGGUUGCUGCGCUGUCGGGCACCAAAGCCCAGGUUUCCUCGAAAGAGAAGUCCUCCAGUUCAACCGCUCCUCCGGAGGGCUCAGGUCGCGAGGUUAUAACUCUGCCCGACAGCGACCUUAGUGCCAACUCCCCCGCCUCUCGCCCAGCUCGUGAGGAGGGUCAGUCCAGCGGUCCUAAGAAGCGGAAGGCGGCAGAUCCCGUGCUCCCUACACGUGCGAGCUCCCGGCUCCGAUCUGAGGAGAAGGUUGCUGAGACUCCUGCUCCGAAGGGCCCUUUACCUGCGGGCCCGAGUUCCGCUGACCCGAAAGCGACCCCGAGGCGCGAACUUUCAGCUCCGCCGAAAUCCUUGGCGGAUAUGAUGAGGAACUUCAGCCGUCCCGGAGCUCGGGUUCCUGCCUUUAAAGACAUGUCCGUGAACAACCGGGAGGACUACUUCCGCUUCGCUAAGAAGGUUGGCAAGAUGCUCUUUGAAUUCAACAGCUCGGUAGCCCACUACGAAGAGCAGCUCUUCGCCAGUCCCUCCGCCACAGAAAUUGGGGCCUUACAAUCUCGUGUUGCGGAUUUAGAGAAGGAGGUGAAGAAGUACAAGUCCUUGGACGCUGCUAAUCGAGCCGAGGUGUAG